CCACUUCCGGGUUGGCGUUUCUAGGAGGAAGAGCUCGAAGAAAGCAACAGAAAAGGCAGGAGAAGACAUGGCUGAACUGUCACUGUACCUCACAAACGUCAACGUGUCUCUAGGACAAACAAUGGACACAGAGAAGACUUCAGCUGUGGUGAAAGAGUUUGAAAAUGUGGAACUUGGAGAUCUGGGAAAAAAACAGCCAAAGAUUCCCCGCAGAACAAUUUACUUUGCAAGCGGUGAAACAAUGGAGGAAUUCAGUACUGAUGAAGAGGAGGAGGAGGAAGUAGUUGAGAAAAAGAACAGUCUAAGUACAGUGGAUCCGUCCAAGUUGACCUGGGGUCCAUAUUUUUGGUUUCAAAUGUGGAGAGUGGCGACCUCGACCGUCUCAGUUUGCGACUAUCUUGGAGAGAAAAUGGCGUCGUUGCUGGGAAUCACAACACCAAAAUAUCAGUAUGCGAUUGAUGAAUACUACAGGAUGAAGAAGGAGGAGGAUGAAGAAGAAGAGGAGAACCGUCUCUCUGAAGAAGCAGAGCGACGUUUUGAUGAGCAACACAAUCAGGAGAACCAACAACCAAAGACGGAGCAACCAGAAGCCACUGCGUCUUUUGUGAACGUGACCUUUGAACUGGAGCAGGAAUCCCAUGCCACCCCUGAUGCUGCGAAUAAAGUGCCUGCACCGAUUCCCUCCUAAAAACCAGAGCGUGUUUCAUGCUUCCACCAUAUUUACUGUAGACUAAAGGCGUGCUAGAUUUCUUUUUUGUGGGACGAAUCUCAUGAAGUUGAACAUGAAGGUAACCUGUCGUUUCUGCAUAGCUGACAAUGGCUCUGCUUUUGAACGCAGAACUAUUUGAAUAAUUGUUUUAUGAAGCCAUACAUAAAAACAUCUCUUAGUCAAUACAACAAUUCACUGUACAACAAUUGUAAACACUUUAAAACCUGCUAACACUACAACAACUGCAUGACUAUUGUCAAUCAAUCUAGAUAAAGAUGCUGUCAGAUUAGUCUUAAAGGGGACCUAUUAUGUAAAAAUCACUUUUAUAAGGGGUUAAAGCACAGUUGUGUGGCAACAGUGUGCAAAUAUAAUCAGCCUCUAAUGGUAAAAAAUAGUUAAUUCUAUUUUUAAUAAUCACGUUUGAUGAAACCAGUGUGCAGAAACACUUUGACUGACAUUAUUCCUUUGUACAUGUCAUCAGAAGGGGAAAGCUCCGCCCAUUAGUGAUAAUUUCUCCCUCAUUAGCAUAAACAGCCUUGAGCGGGAAGCAGGCAUCCUUAGUUCUGUUUUAAAUCUGCCACUAUGCUAAAGCAUAAGCGUUUGUAACUCCGCCCUCUUUUGAAAAGAGCACAACCUCAUUUGAAUUUAAAGCAACAGUCACCAAAAUAUUUUGGAUCAAAGCCUAAUGGUGUGUUCACACCAGACCUGGAUGAAGGGCCAAGUAUGAGUGAUUUACAUGUUAAGUCAAUGCAAAGACGCGAAUAGACGUCCUGCGGCGCAAUUCGUGGGAAUGAAGCGGUGCAGUGUUUAGUGUUUGACGCGCUAAUCGCUCGAGUUGGAUAAUUUGAACUUCAGUGGACAUUCACGCCAUGUUAAACGGAGCAGACGUGCACUUUUACGACAGUUUGGUGGUCAACAAAUGCAUUAGCGAAGAAAUAUAUCCAGAUAAUGCUUGAAACCUCUACUUUUAAAUGAACCAAGUGCACUUGAAAACAAAAGUUUUUUGGUUCUGUAAUCUGUAUGAAACGAACAUGACAAAGAGUCUGGGUUAUUUCUGAGAUUUGCCAUCAAGUUCAAGAAGUGAAUUACUUCAGAAGAGCAACACGGUCAGUCGAUCAUUAUCCAGAGGAUGAUGAUGUGUAGAACAGCCAUAAAUGAGGCUGGUGUUGUGAUCUUGUUCCUUUGGAAUGCACAUGCGCAUUGGCUUGGGCAACCUAAAAAAUAUACAGAUUUUGUUUGAUUUGGACGUUUAGAAAUGAAACUUAUGAGAAAGUUGAUGUUUAGGUUGUUGUUUAGUUGAUGUUUUGGUGAUUCUAUAUCUGUAUCGUAAUCGUAAGCUUGGCAAACAGUUUUGAAGAAUCUGAUGUUUCCCCAUUCAGACGGAAUGCUUCAGCAUACUGCCUGAGAGGCAUUUCAAAGAUAGCGGCCGAGUGAAAUGACUUGCCUUAAAGGGACUUCGUUAUGAUGUAGUGCCUGUUGUUGGUGUCCCAAGGGGAAAUCCUGACACCAGGCAACAGCUCAUCAAACUGGGCUCAGCUCAGUCCAAAGCACCGCUAAAAGCUUCCAUCAUCCGGGUAUAGUUUCUGGAUGAGUUGAUGAAUACACAGAGCUGGGUGCACCUCUGAAAGAAUCUAAUGGACUCAGACAUGGUGCCGAACGAAUCUACGCUGUUUUUCAGCAUUCCUAAAGCACUUAAAGUACAGCUACUAUUUCUAUAAAAUCCAUGUUAGACAUUUAGCAAUGAAGCUAGAGACAGAAGCGCUGCCCAUGAGGCGAAUCAAUGUCUAUUGUAAAGUGAAUUCGAUGUGCAAGUGAAGCGAGUAAACUCAAAAUGUUCUUGCAUUUAUUAUGUUCUUGUGAUUUAUAUGUACGUGCUGCGUCUGGUGUGAACACAGCAUGAAAGGGUCCAUUUCAAAGUGUUAUAAAACAUUAUUUAUAGAGUUUUCAAUUUUAAGUUGAAACUUCACAUACACACUCUUAGGCAGAGGAGCCCAAAGUAGAGCCUGCGGGCCAAAGUUGGCUCAUUGAAACCUUUGGUUUGGCCCACUAACCAAUCUGAAAAGAGAGGGAGAAUGAUAAGGAGUUGGUUGGGGCGAAUGCCUUUGACAGAGAUUGUCAUUUUAAAUUUAACACCAGCUUUAGUUUGUUUGUUUGUUUAAUUGAGGAGCUACAAAAAAUGUAAUGUUUCAAUUAAAUGUUGCAAAUAAAUCAGACUUUUUAAAUGUAAAUCCUGUCAGCUGACAGACAGAGGACAAUACACCAGACAUCGGUGAGAAAAUCUAGGCGAAGGCAGGAGCAGCUCGACUAGUGUAUUCAGCAUUAAACUCCAUCAUGUUAUAAAUGAGAUUGUUUAUGUUUUUACUUUAAUAAGUUCUUUGUAAAAUGUCAAACAGUGAUACUGCAUCAUUAAUUAAUAUGUUUUAAGACAGCAUUUCCUAGUUAUUUUUAAAUAUUAGCAAAUAAAUUACCCAUGGCAAAUUUAAUGUAAUACAGUUUGGUGUAUUUAACUUCGGCACACAGCCCUCAAUCAAGUUUGGUUUUUGAUCCCUUAUAAGAAAAAGGUUGGGCACCCCUGCUCUAGGGACUUAUUUUACAUCUUGUAAAAAUGAGCAUAAUAGGUCCCCUCAAAACAUUUGUUACUGAUGAUGUAGUGUUCAAUGAUCAGAAAGGAAAUAUUCUUAUUUUUCUAACCAAAUGUUGUUGUGUGAGCGCAUUAUUUUAUUCUUUUUGCUGUGAAUGUGCUUUACGCAUUAGAUUUGAGCCUACCCCUGUUACACAAACAAAAAACAUUUCAUUUUGGAGACUGUUUAAUUUAUUUGUGUACAAUAAUUUUGUAUUAUGUCGGUGAAAACGCACCUACCUUUCUAUUAUGUAGGUGAAAGAAAAAAAUACAGGUUGUUUUUUUUACAUAAUAUUACUUAAUAAACAAUUCAAUAUACAA